ACAUGAAUCCCAGAGAACGAAGAGGUCUGGCUGAAAAGAUUGUCAAAAGAGAACUCCCUGGGACUGAAAAAGGUAGCAUGGCUUGCUAUACGAAGUGUGUUGGAGUGCCACUAUUUGUCUUGUCCUUGAUAAUUCACAAUGUGCAUUCAGAUCCAGAUGGAGACAUGGCACAAGGUUGUCAUGAGUGUAAACUCAGAGAGAACAAAUACUUCUCCAAGCCAGGGACUCCAAUUUUCCAGUGUGUGGGCUGCUGCUUUUCAAGAGCUUAUCCCACUCCUUUGAGAUCUAAGAAGACCAUGCUUGUUCCCAAGAACAUUACAUCAGAGGCAACAUGCUGUGUAGCGAAGGAUUUCAAAAGGGUUAACCGCAUUGAAAACGCCAACCUGAAGUUGGAGAACCACACAGACUGUCACUGCAGCACCUGCUACUACCAUAAAUUCUAAAAAUGUUCCCACGAGUAGCUAAUUAUCAGAAACAAAGAGCAGUGGAAACCUUUACAUUUAACUUCUCUAAUAUAUAUUCAUUCCUCUUUUGUUGAAGUCUGCAAUAUCUGUUUAAAGCCAGCAACAUAUCUAUCUAUAUAACUUCUAUUUUCUGAAAAUGACACCCCAGAAUAAAUAUAUGCUUUGAGUGGAGAAUUGCAAGCCAGUGUCUAAUGUGCGGUUUCUUUAUGUUUAUGUAAAAUAUAUUUGCCAGUUCAUCAUUCAAUGUGAUUGACUUGGUUACUCUAUUGUAAUUUCAUGCUGUGCCAUAUUUGUAUGAAUUACAAAAGCUUCACCCGAAUCAGGUCUGUGUGAGCUGGCGCCUAUGCUGUGAUCCUUUGCACGGCGAUGCCCGCAUUGGAACAUAUGAUUGGCUGUUCAUACUUCACUCUUAAAAGCGAUAGGUGUGAUAGUGACGUUUCACGGGAUGGCCUGUAACAAUACCAUAGAAUGCGGGUUCAUUUGUUUAGAUUUAGCAAAAAGCCAGAUGGGAUAUAUUUGAUGGUAAUGGAGCUGGUCGGCACACACAGCAGCUUUGCAGUGGAGUUGUAUUGUGUAGGCCACUUACUCAGAAGUUUGUGCAUCUUAAAAGAAGUCACCUUUAAUCUCUCUUCACUAAAAUAAAUACUUCGAUAUAUAAAAUACAAACAAUCUAUCGCCAUAUUGUAUCUAUCUCAGUAAAUGCAGGCUGGCGCAUCACACAGGGCGAGGCAAUCCGCACGCAGACGGAGGGCGGGCGAAAAUCCGGGCCCUCUCGCACUAAAGCAUAGCACUGAUAGUGCUGUACAAAUGAGCCGGCUCCUUUGCAGGGAGUGUCUAUCAGGCUUAUGUCUUUGCAUGUGAUUACGUCACCUACCAGCCCUGCUGCUGCCUUCCGCCAUGCACUCUACAGUAUAUAUGGCACAAUGGCUCAAUCACAAAAAAAAAAAAAAAAAAGUUUCAUUAUGCAAUUCAAUACAACAACCAUCGUCUUACCUAAAGCGGUAGUAUUAGCGGGAUUCCAAAAAAUAUAGCGGUGCACGUGCCCACAUGUUGCAAGAACUGUUUAAAUAAUGUACCUGUCUUAUAUUUUCAUUGUUAAUAUCCUAACAACUUUACACUUCUGUCUCAAAGCUCUUUUGAAAAUGUCUGCUCUAGUGCACUGGGGUUUGAGGAUCUGUCCUCCAAGUCUAACAGUGUAAACUUAGUUGCAGGAAGGACCAAUCAAGAGUUGUUGCUUGUUUUAUGCCAUUAACAUGGUCUUAUUCCUCUAAGAAAUUGUGUCUUUUGCCUUUAUGCUUGCUUCUAAAUAUGGUCCAUUGAGUUAGACGGCAGAGUUUGCCCAUAAUAAAAUAACUUAAAACAAUAAUGUAACUACUGCAACUAAGUCAUUUCUUGCUACUUUAAGUGUUAAUAUUUUUCACUAACUAUUGAGGCA